AUGAUUAAACAAAGUUCCACUAUUGAAGAAUUACAAAAUCAACUUAUUUCAAGUCAUCGCGAUUUUGAUCUUGCUAUUGAACGUCAAAAGAAGUCAGCAUCAGAAGCAGAAGAAGCACGAAUAUUUGCCGAAGACCUUGAACGAUCAUUCAAUAAUUUACAACGCACAGUUCUUCGAAUUCAAGACAAAAUUUCUUCACACAAUUCACCAAAUCCAUAUCCAUCCAAAAGAGUUUCAUUCCCUUGA